AUGGCUUUCAAAUUCUUCGCUCUGUUUGCCUUGGUGGCUGCUGCCAGCGCUGCUGUUCUGCCAAUUGCCGUCAAACACGUUGAAUACCAUGAUGCUCCAGCUGAGUACCAGUUUGCGUACUCUGUCCAUGAUGAACACACCGGAGACAUCAAGAGCCAACAGGAGGAACGCCACGGAGACAACGUAAAGGGACAGUACACCCUGAUUGAUGCCGAUGGAUACCGCCGAAUUGUUGACUACACCGCCGAUGAACACAAUGGAUUCAACGCCGUUGUGCACCGUGAACCUCUGGGCCACAAGGUAGUCAAGGCCGUUGUCCCAGUCGCCAAGGUUGUUGCUCCAGUUGCCCACCACUAUGUUGCUCCAGUCGCUAAGAUUGCCUAUCCAGUGCACAAGGUCGCCGUUCCUGUCGCUAAGGUUGCUGUCCCAGUGCACAAGGUUGCCUACACCAACAACCUGGCUACCGUUAGCUUCUCUGCUCCUAGUCUGAGCUAUCACUAUUAAGAAUUUGUUGACUUCUUUGGAUUAUAAUGUGUAAAGUUGUUGAAUAAUUAGCUUAAUUGAAUGUUGUAUGUAUGAACGUUUUGU